UGACAGGGUGGUCCAGUGACGUCUCCUCCUCUUCCACUCUUCGUCGCGUCGCCUCCUGACAGCCGGGAGAGGGGGUGAACGACAACGCGCAGGGUGUCGAGAGACGAGCAACUGGCACUCCCUGUCGCAGUCUGCCCAGCACCGGGAGAAAGGACGAGAACAUCUGACAUUCCCCCCCUCGGACCCUGUUGUUUCCCUGCUCCGACAUACAGAAAAUGGACGAAAAGGCGUUUACAAAGGAGCUGGAUCAGUGGAUCGAGCAGCUCAACGAGUGCAAACAGCUCACGGAGGGACAAGUGAAAAAUCUGUGCGAAAAAGCCAAGGAGAUCCUCACCAAGGAGUCCAAUGUGCAGGAGGUGCGAUGCCCCGUGACGGUGUGCGGCGACGUGCACGGCCAGUUCCACGAUCUCAUGGAACUGUUCAAGAUCGGUGGCAAAUCCCCCGACACAAACUACCUAUUUAUGGGCGACUACGUGGACAGGGGCUACUACUCGGUGGAGACUGUCACUUUACUUGUAGCACUUAAGGUUCGUUUCCAGGAGCGCAUCACCAUCCUGCGCGGGAACCACGAGAGCAGGCAGAUCACGCAAGUGUAUGGCUUCUAUGACGAGUGUCUGCGCAAGUACGGCAACGCCAACGUGUGGAAGUACUUCACGGACCUGUUUGAUUACCUCCCACUCACUGCUUUGGUCGAUUCUCAGAUUUUUUGUCUUCACGGCGGCCUGUCGCCAUCCAUUGACACGCUGGACCAUAUCAGGGCGCUGGAUCGGUUACAGGAAGUGCCUCAUGAGGGUCCCAUGUGUGACCUGCUGUGGUCGGACCCCGACGACCGCGGCGGUUGGGGGAUCUCGCCGCGGGGUGCCGGCUACACCUUCGGCCAAGACAUCUCCGAGACGUUCAACCACGCCAACCGCCUCACGUUGGUGUCCCGCGCCCACCAGCUGGUCAUGGAGGGCUACAACUGGUGCCAUGAGAGGAACGUGGUGACAAUAUUCAGCGCACCCAACUACUGUUAUCGCUGUGGCAACCAGGCGGCCAUCAUGGAGCUGGACGACACCCUCAAAUACUCCUUCUUGCAGUUUGACCCGGCACCUCGUAGAGGCGAGCCACACGUGACCCGCCGCACGCCAGACUACUUCCUGUAACCUGCUUUGACCCCUGACCCCUUCUUGUACAGUCAAGUCCAGUGUUGCCAUGGAAUGGAGGACACAGCAGCAGCAGCAGCAGCAGCAGCACACAUUGUACAUUCACACAAAGACCUAUUUAAGCAUUUAGCAAGAAAUAAUUCUGUGUGUGUGUGUCUGUGGACGGACCAAACAGUGUGUGCCAUAAAUUAUGACAUUAUGAAUUUGCUGAGGACUUGUCUUGUAUUAGGAAAUAUCUCACCCAGAAGAUCAAUCAGUCAAGUUCACUUGAUGGUUUGGACUGACAUUGAGGGAAAAAACAAAAAAAUGAAAAAAACAUACAUAUAAUGUUGAAAAGAUGAGAGGAUGAUCUGUUUGCACUUUUGUAAAUCUUAAUUGUAACAUAAAAUAAGGAUGAGUACAGUAUUUACAUUUUUUUAAUUACAAAAACAAUAAAGCCCCAAGAACAAGGUUUUGUCUUGUUGAAUGCGUGAAGGUGUGUGUGUGUGAGAUCAUGAACGCACUUGAACCACAAGCUUGUAUUAACUGAGAUGUGAACAAUAAUAAAGGUGGCGCCUUGACGACA